AUGAUGAUAUCACAGGAAACAAGAGAUAUAUACGCAAUAAUUAUUGUUGGAAAUAGUGGUGUGGGUAAGAGCGUUUUAGGAAACAUUAUUUUGGGUAGACAAUAUUUCAAGCAUGAUUUUUCUGCUCGAUCCGUAACAGAUCAAACUGAGUCGACAACAUGUCAACUGGGUGAUAAAUAUUAUAGAAUUUAUAACAUUCCUGGUUUGAUUGAAGGUGACGAAGAACGCAUUGCUCUAAACCGACGUGAAGUCAGCAGAGCAUUUGAGGAACAGACGGGACAUUCUUUUGUGAUUAUUUAUGUAUUUGGACAUCAGAACGGAAGAAUUCGAAAUGAAGAUGUUGUUACGUUUCGAGCUAUUCACAAUGCUUAUAGAUUCAGUCCGGAUUCAUUAAUAACCGUCGUUAACGGACUAUCUCCUGAUCGACCCAGUACAUACGAUAAAGAAACUCAAACUACACUUAUUGGUUUACUCGGUAUGCAACCAGGUCGCAUUUGUUUCAUCAAUCAUUUGAAAUUAGAUGGGACACAAGAAGCAGAUGUGCGAACAUAUCUAAUCGAUACUAUUCUAAACGUUCGCCCUGAAGUACAUACUAAAACUAAUGAUAUAAAUUUGAUGAUUGAUGAUGUUCGUGGACUUGAAGCUGAACUCAAUAAGUUGCAGAUUGAGGUGGAAAGUGAACGACAUGAACAUGAAGCCAUGAUAGCAAGUAUGGAAAGAGAAUACGAAGCAACUCAACGUUUAUUAACUCUACGACGUUUAUUCGGUCAAGCCAAAGCCAAUCUUCGUCGACUAGAAAGUUUUCGUGAGCAACAAGAACACUUAAUAUAUAUGUUAGGACAAUGGGAAGCAGAAGAAAUCGUGUAUGCAGACGAUCCUUCAUCUGACCAUUUUAUUCUUGCAAGAACGAAUAAACAAGACGCUGAAGAAGAAUUAGCCAAAAAUGUAACCACACAACAUCAAAUUGAUGUUGCACUAAAUGUUUGUCGAGGAGAUAUCGAACAAAUUUGUUAUGAACUCGGGCAGAUUUACAAUGGGAAACUUGAUCGCGAAUAUUACAUUCUUUUUGAUAAUUUGCGUUUUGAUUCAACUAUUGCUAAUGUCAAACAUAGCUUCCUCAAUGAUUUAUACAAAUUUACAUGUCACCAUUUCGGCGAUAUUGAUUAG